AUCUUGCCAUUUCCACGCCCCUCAAAUGUCGGAACUGGCGGCCAUCUUGGCCCGGCGACGCGCCAAGGACGGGACUGGCGAGCCUGCGCUCGAGACGCCUGCUCCUGCUCCAGUGGCAGUGAGCCGGCCUUCUCCCCCGAAGCCAUUUGUCAUGCCCUCGCCCGAGAAGCCCGUCGAUGCCCCCGCGGCGGACGCCGCACCGGUGGCUGCCCACGAGGACGAGCACCCUGCCCGCCGAACGUCGUCGCGCAUUGCCCAGCUGCAAGGUAACCUGGGUGCGCUCAACAUGAACGCGUUCCGCCCGAUGCCCAUGGCGCGGAAGAGCAAUACGAGCAGCGCCCUCUCGACGGGCGAAGACUAUGAUUAUGAAAGCACGAUGAAGGUCGGCGUCGCGAUGCCGGGCAUGGCAGGCGUUCCCAUGAUUGGGCUUACCAAGCCUGGCAUUGGUCUUCCUGGCAUGAUGAAGGUCCCAUCCUCUGAGGAAGAAGCGGUGCCGGCCGACGAGCCUCAGCCGACCCCCGUGGCCCACACAACGAUGAGCCGCGCUGCUGGGCCCAAGCGCCGUGCCCCCACGAAGGCCAAGACAGAGCUGCCCAUCACUUCACUGGAUGCGGCGGCACCGCUUGUCGCCGAGGCGGCACCGACGGCUGCUGUCCCGAUUAUACCUUCAACAGUUGUCGCCUCUGAGCCGCAAGAAGCUGCGUCGCUGUUUGGUGCGCAGCCUCGCGAUGCGCCCCAAGCCCCGGCGGAAGCUGCUCCGUCCUUGUUCAGCGCACCACCGGCCCGCCCGGGCUCGAGCAAGAGUCUCUUCAGCGACGAGAUUGUGUCGUCGCCGUUGGCCGCCAAACCAACGCUGGCGGGCCCGCCGCGUAUGAACACGGCGCUCUUUGGGUCGGCCUCCAAGGACAACUCGGACGACAGCGACUGGAGCGACGACGACGACGAUGCCAAGGGUGGGCUCUUCGGCGCCCCACAACACAGCGCCACGUUGCACGCCGCACCCGUCGUCGCGCUGGCGCCCCAUGCCACGCCGGCCCUCCAAGCCACGCCGGCCCUCCAAGCCACGCCGGCCCUCCAAGCCACACUGGUGAGCGCCCCGGCGGCCUCGCUGCAUGCGGCACCGCAGGCCACGCUCUUUGGCCAGCCCAUUGCAAUUGCACCUUCCGCAACAUCGCUCUUUGGCCAGCCACUCCCGGCGGCGCCUGCCAAGCCUCGCCCGAAUCUGUUUGCGGCCUCCGACAGCGACGACGACAGCGACGACGGCGGCGGCCUCUUUGGCACCGGUCUCCCGAAAAAGUAAAAUUGCAACCAACAACGAGCUGUUGCAUGUUCCGAGAAU